CGUACUCUUUAGUUUAUGGAAUUUGAUGACUUCGCUUCGAUGAGAAAAGCUCUCUUGCGGCGCAUUUUUAAGGAUUUUUUUGUUAAUUAUUUGAAUCAGCAAGAAAGUUACCGUCUAAUCCAUCUCGUUUAAGGUAAGGGCGUAAGUUAACCCUCCGGAAGUACUGGAAAGUGAUUAUUUAUUAUGUUCAUAUAUUUCCUUCUGUAUCACAGCCAUGUUGAAGUAGUGUUGAUUUUACUAAGUUUUCGUCAGUUAUCGUUGUAAGAAGUUGUUCACAAGUAAAUGUGACAGACCCAAGUUUCGUUUGUGUUGUGAUUAUAAAGUUGAAAAGUCUUUGCAAUAUGAAAAGUGUUCUAAAGUGCCACCGAUUCUGGCGUCGAGGCGUCAUCUGCAAGGAAUGGAUUCUGAAGACUCUCGAGAUGGUAGUGGGGAAGCCCAAUCAUCUUCGAGUAGUAGCAGUUCCAGUUCAAGAAGUAGACGAAGUUCUUCUUCAGAUAGAAGUGAAAGCUCUAAAAAAGGCCCAAAGUCACCUCCCAAAUCGCCACCAUCGCCGAGAUCUAAUGGCCCCCGCUCUCCUUCCCCAGAAAGUAGAUCGCCAUCACCAUCUAUGCGAUCCACGUCCAAACCACCGCAAUCUCCCGGCAACUUGAGCGGUGCUCAUUCAGACAUUAACUCCCCUGAGAAUUCCAUGCCAGCUUCGCCACCUGCCCCAAAAUCUCCUGAUGCUCCAAAAUCCCCAAGUGACGUAGGUUCAAAUAUUGGCUCACCGGAGAGGCCUCAUGACUACACAUCUCCUCCUCCAACUGGUGGAGGCCCCAAAUCUCCUCGCAGCCCUGCCAGUUCUGCCCCUGGCUCACCUGUCAAUACGUCCCGUCCUGUAUCCCCUGAUUCUGUAUCACAACCCACACAGCCUUUAAGGAAGAGAGAGCCUCGGACACCAUCAUCUAGUCCAUCACCAGAUAGGUCAUCGGUGAGAUCAUCACCUCGUAGAUCUCCGGUAGCGAAUAAAAAUGCCUGGAGUCCAAAAGAUAAAUGGAGGAGGCAUACCAAAGCAGAGCAGAAGAUGGUUUCGAUGCCUAGGGCACGUAGUAGGUCAGAAUCAAGUCAAUCAAGUAGGAGUUCUUCGUACAACAAGCGUGCUAAUACAAAGGAUCCUGCUACUGAAGAAAUUUCUGAUGGUGAGAUGGAAUCUGAUCAAGAUGACAGAAAAUCUCAGAGUAAAUCAGUUGCAAGUGAAAAGAAUGAGGGGAAGGAUCUUAAUAUUAGUCAUGAGGACCUCUCUGAUGUAUCAGAUUUGGAUUCUGUAGGACCAGACGAUUCAGAAAAGGAACCAAAGCGAAAAUUACCUCAAUCAUCACCUGAAAGAAAGUCAGAUAGUAGAAAUAUCAAUGGAAAUGCAAACAAUAAAACCAGUACACAAUCAUCUCCUAAAUCUGAUAGUGGGAGUGUAAAACUGGAUCAUCCAAAACUGGAAAAAGUGCCUCAAGAAAAAACAAGUAAUACAGAAGAUGGGGAAGAACAACUAGACUUUGAAGCAGAGGAAGGAGAAUGUAUAGAGCCCAAACAGAAUGAGCAGCCAAAUGGAGAUGCAAGUGCUAAAGGAUCUGAAAGAGAAGAAAUAAAAGCCGGGCGCAGAUCGCGCGGCUCCUCGCUGGAAGAGGGCGAAGUCUCGGACGAGGCGGAGCGGCGCCCCGAGGAGAGCGAGCCGCGCCCCGUGUGCCGAUUCUUCUCAAGGGGCGCCUGCACUUGGGGCGUUAGCUGCAGAUUCCUCCACCCGGGCGUGACGGACAAAGGCAACUACAACAUGUUCGACGUGGUCCGCGGCGUGCCGGCCAGCGGGCCCUACCCCGCCGCGCCGCCACGAGACGUGGCCCCGCCCGAGUCAGCCUGGGAGCGCGGCCUGCGGACAGCUAAAGAGAUGCUCCGGAUAGCGAACAAGCGUAAAGAGCAAGACAUGGACUUCGAGGAGAAGAAGCUCCAUCUAUCAGUGGGUGGCGUGGUGCAUGACCCUGAUGCGGAGCUGGCGUACGCAGCCGCCGCCGUGGGAGCCUCGCCGCCGCGUGCUCACGACGCCACGCAUAGGGACCCUGAUGUUUACAGUAGGGCAUACGGCGCGCCGCCCAUGUACCGCGGCCGGUACCCGCGGCCGGCGGACGAGCGCGAGCGUUACUACGAGCACGAGCGAGGCUACGAGCGCGAGCGCGCGUACGAGCGCCCGCCGCACUACGACGAGCGAGCGCAAAUGCAGGACCCCAAUGCAUAUCACAAGAGACGUCUGCGCUCCUCCCGCGAAGUGAUAGUCCAACGGGCCGAAGUAGAGCGACGGGAAGGUCGCGAGCCGCGAGACACUCGCGAGGGGAGAGAGGGGCGCGACGGGCGCGGGCGGGAGGGCCGCGGCGACGAGUGGGCCGACCCGUGGAUGCGGCAGGAGCCCGCCGCGCGACGACGUCGCCCGCCCUCCUCUGAUGACUCGUACUCGUCUACAAGCUCUUCAAAUUCCAGCUCCCGAAGUUCGAGGUCUCCCGGAGCCAGACGCAAGCGAAGGGCAUCCUCUUCGUCGAGACAGAGACUGUCGCCAUCGGUGAUAGUGCGCGAGCGGCGCAUGGCGUCUGCGCGCGCGACUGCUAUGAAUCCGCCCGCGCCACGACGUCGCGCGCCCUCGCCCGCUGCUGCGAGGCAGCUGUCUGCUAACCCACCGCCACCUGCCUCACAUAGGCAUAAGGAUGAAGUGGAUCCAUACGGACGUAGCAAAGCAUCCAGCCGAAAUAGAGAUAGGAAGAAAUACUCAAGGUCAUCAUCAUCAGGUUCAGAAUCAUCGUCAUCGUCGAGCGAGUCCGAGAGCGAGUCGCACUCGUCGUCAUCGUCUGGCAGUUCGGGAGCAAGGCGAGCGCGUCACGCGAGGCUUCUGAAUGCUGCCGCUAGACCUAGAUUAAAUGCGAAAGCAAGUGCUGCUGGGUUAGCUGCUGCAGUCUCGACAGUCACAAGUAAAAAAGAAGCAGUUGAUGAUAAAGAUAUUUCUGGCAAGAAACGAGGAGCCACUUCGCCAAUAAACUCAGCGCCGGGUAAGAAAUCGGUGUCGAGAAGAGAAGAACUGCUCAAACAACUCAAAGCUGUAGAAGACGCAAUAGCGAGAAAGCGAUCAAAGAUAUAACAUUUCGCUUCAGAAAGUAAUUUGUGUGUAAUCCAAAAUAAACUGAUGACUAUUUACAUAGUCUUAUGGCUACAAGACCCAAUAGGUCUUCCAUAUUCAAUUAAACUCACGGCUGCUAGUUUACUCAGUCGGGAAGGCUUCUUGUCACGUAGAAUCGAGGUCGUACAAAUAAGCAUUUAAGUUGUAAAUACAUGGACAUGUUAAAAAUUUGAUCUGGAUCCAAUAUUUAAUAAGCAUCGCUUAUAAUAUGAAUGAAUUGUGCCUAUCAUGGUUAUUUUUACAUCUAUAAUUUUGUAUACGAUAGAUUGACUUACAGUAAUACAUAUACUAACACCAAUUUACAUAGACUGGAAAAUAUUUUUGGUAUUGUUUGUUCAUCACAAUGUACGGAAUAGAACCUAGGUUGUAGGUUUUAUGGUGGAUUGACAAUUAGAAAUGUAAUAUUCAUGUGCAAAAUGAAUAAUAAACGCAUUAUUUUGUAGAA